CUCCCGGGCGGGCGGUGGGAGGGGGCGGGGCCUGCCCGUCAGUCAAGUGUGAGGCCGGCGGCGGUGGCGGGAGGUGUGGGGCUGCGCGCCGCGCCGCGCCGCGCCGGGCAGCAUGGAGGCGGCGGGGAAGGCGGGCGACGGCCGUAACGGCCAUGCGGAGGGCCCGGCGGCGGAGCGGGGCGGUGGGGCUCGGCUGCGGGGCUGUCGGGGUUUCCUGCGGCGCAACGCGCUGGUGGUGCUGACGGUGUCGGGGGUGGUGGCCGGCGUGGCGCUGGGCGCCGCCGUGCGCGGAGCGGAGCUGGGCCCGGCGCAGGUGGCCUACCUGGCCUUCCCGGGGGAGCUGCUGCUGCGGAUGCUGCGGAUGGUGAUCCUGCCGCUCGUCAUCUGCAGCCUGGUGUCGGGAGCCGCCAGCCUCGACAGCCGCUCGCUCGGCCGCCUGGGGGGCAUCGCCCUCGCCUAUUUCCUCGGCACCACGCUGUUGGCCUCCGGCCUCGCCGUCGCCCUCGGCUUCAUCGUCCGGCCCGGCGCCGGCGCCUCCUCCCUCAACGCCCCCGGGCUGGGGCUGCCGGGCGCCGUGCCCACCAGCAAGGAGACGGUGGAUUCCUUCCUCGACCUCGUCAGAAACCUGUUUCCUGCAAAUCUUGUUGCUGCAGCUUUCCGGACGUAUGCCACAGAAUAUAAGAUGCUGCUCAGAAAUACUACCUCUGGAAACGUCACGUGGGAAAAGAUCCCUGUCGGUACUGAAAUUGAAGGGAUGAAUAUCCUGGGACUGGUGUUGUUUGCUCUGGUUUUAGGAGUGGCGCUGAAAAAACUUGGCCGGGAAGGGGAAGAUCUGAUUCGCUUCUUCAAUUCAUUCAAUGAGGCAACUAUGGUCUUGGUUUCCUGGAUUAUGUGGUAUGUACCUAUUGGCAUUAUGUUCCUCGUUGGAAGCAAGAUUGUGGAAAUGGAAGAUAUUGUGCUUCUGGUGACCAGUCUGGGAAAAUACAUCUUCGCCUCUAUUCUGGGCCACUUCAUCCAUGGAGGAAUUAUUCUGCCACUUAUUUAUUUUGUAUCCACACGUCAAAAUCCAUAUCGUUUUCUCUUAGGACUUGUCACACCACUUGCCACUGCUUUUGCCACUUGCUCCAGCUCAGCCACUCUCCCGUCAAUGAUCAAGUGUAUUGAGGAGAACAAUGGAGUCGACAAGAGGAUCAGCAGGUUUAUCCUUCCUAUUGGGGCAACGGUAAACAUGGAUGGAGCUGCUAUUUUUCAGUGCAUGGCAGCUGUGUUCAUUGCUCAGCUGAACAAUGUGGACCUCAACCCUGGGCAAAUCUUCACAAUUCUCGUGACAGCUACCGCGUCCAGCGUGGGUGCAGCCGGUGUCCCAGCUGGAGGAGUCCUCACCAUCGCUAUCAUCCUGGAGGCCAUUGGACUUCCGACCAACGAUCUCUCCUUGAUAUUAGCAGUGGACUGGAUUGUGGACCGAACCACCACAGUUGUGAAUGUGGAAGGGGAUGCCCUAGGAGCAGGCAUCCUUAAUUACCUGAAUGAAAAAGAAAAGAAAAACAAAGAGCAGGAGCUAAAAGAAGUCAACGCAGAAGCAGUUGCUAACAGCAAGUCUGAAGAAGAAACAUCACCUUUGGUAACCCACAAAAACCAAGUCUCCAACACAACCAGUACAGCAGACCCUGAAUCCAAGGAAUCAGUAUUGUGAACUAGAAGCUGUUUGUCAACACGCGUCCCAGAGCUGGACCAGGGACUUGUUAACGCUCCUAGACGUUUGCAGUGCUAACAAGAGCUGGAUGGCUCUUGGAAGUUUUCGGUUCUGGUCUGUUUUGAAAUACGCUGGCCUGGGGAAAGGGAGGGAGGUGGGGUGGGCAGAGAAGGGGUGCUGAAGAAGAACACGCGCUUUGUAAUAGUAUUUUGAUAAUUCAUAUGUAUACACGUAUAUGUGUUGCAUGUGCACACACAUAUACAUGUAUGUGAAAACAAUGCCAUCGAGACUUCUGGUUUAACAAGACUUCUGUUAGUAGAGGCUCAUAAGGGUUGGAGAUGGGAGAGUAGACAAACCCAGCAUGUGCUUUCUGUAGGGAAAAAUUAGUAGGCUUAUUGUGCUGCUGUUCGAAUGGAGAUGCAGUCUAGAAACUCCAGAGUGGGUGAAAAUGUUGCUUAAAUUUAGUUUCUGUCCUGGAAACACUUGCCGACCAUUACAGACACGAUAUGAAGCAAAAUUUUUCUCCCACUGCCUUUCCUCUCCUGUUCUCCAAUCUUUUAAAAAUGUCAAAUAUAUCCUGAAAACUAGCUUUUUCUUUGUUUUUAAAAUUUUUUGUUUCAUAUCUGAGUUAAUAGCUUAUAGGGGUCCAACCCUUGUUCUGUUCUCCCACUGCAUUGCAGCUCACAGCAGCUUUCCUGCCUUGUGAUGAGUAACUCCUAAACUUUGGGACCAAACAUAGGAGGUCUUUGUGCAGAUCAAGGAGCGGUUUUCUCCUUUCCUCUAACCAAGCUGUUAAGGAAGAAAUCCAGAGGAAACACAAAUUUUGUUAAAGUAAUCCCUCUGGGGCUGAAAAAAAUGUAGUCUGGUCCAGCAUAAAUAUGUCUGAAGGAGUCUUGCCUUUAACAAUAUCAAGAAAUCAAGAAGUCAGUUCACUUCAUGAAAACAGGUGUGCUCCUUUGCUAGCACGCCAUGUCCUGCUCAUGUUUGUUUAAUGGGUCACUCCAAACAAGUUAAGUCAUACCCCUCUUCCAGCAAAAUUGCGCAGGGGAGGAAAAAAUCUGAACACGCAGCAUGUGGGAACUGACGACAGGCAAGUCGUGAGUGUUGGCUUGAAAGGGGAGGAGAAGAGGUGAGUUUGUAACCCCGUGUAGUUCAGUGAUCUCUAUGUGUUGGGACAGCUGCGUACCUGUUCCUGCUAGGAGUUUGGUCCUGCUAUAAAUGUCCUUCUAGCAGCAGCUUACAUUUAGUAAUUUUGGGUGGUGCUGGGCCGGGGUAAUGCUUCGUGGCAGAUGGUAACCUUUGCUUGAGGCUGAGCCAAAUGCUUCUGGAUUCUGACUCCACCUUAUUUCUUUUACAACAUACUUCCUGAAUUUGCACCCCAAACCUGAACAAAGUCCGGCAAACUCAUUGCAAAGAUCCUGUUGAUUUAUCUUGGCUUUUUGGACAGCAAAUAAUUACAAAAUUAUGGCUGUGCAUAUGCCAAGAUUUGCCUGGACUUGUGACGCUUUCCCUUGGCUACUUUAGCAAGAUGAUUGCAUAUGGUCAGUCUCCACACUGUUAAUUCAGCAAUAUAUAUUUGCACUUAGCUUUGAUAUAAAGUAAUGCCAAGUCUCCCUUUUUCUUCUCCUCUCUUGCUUCAGAGGAAGCUGUCUUAGAAAGAUACCCCUUUGCUGAUGUUUAUGUUCAUGGCACUAGGAAGAGGCAACUCAAAUUUCAUAGCAGCAGCCUUCAUUUGCAAAGCAUCCUUCUUGGUAAAGGGACACAAUGAAUUUUGCAAAAAGACGCUCAGAAUGAGAUGUGGCUACCUCUGAGGGAAAACACAGUGAGUGCGUCAUCACUGGCUGUUUAAUCAUGUGCAGCAGGGCUAUGCAAACAAUCAAAAGUAGGAAAGGAUUAGUCAGCCCACUGAGAAACUGAAGGUGAAGUUUCUUUUUAACCAGUUUGUUUAUAACCAUGUCCACAAAAUUUGUUCAUUUCUUGGCUCAUCUUCAAAAUGUAAGGAGACAAACACAAUUCUCUGGGGACAUCCUUUGCUCAGUAUUUAUUGUUUUAUUUUUCAGCAGAUCAAGACCCACUGAAACUUUGCAUUUCCUCCCAUUAGAAUCAUCCCAACUCCUUUCAACUCAGGAAACCAAAAGCGCACUUUGUAGCUGACAAUGAAAGUCAACAAAUAAGAGGUUUUUUUUUAAAAAAUGUUGGAGGUUUGAAAAAAUGGUUUUCAACAAAACCCUUUUUUUUUUUUUUUUUUUCCAAACAAGUCUAAUUAUUUCUUUGAAAAAUCUGAAUGCACCAGAAUCUCAAAUACUUUGAUUUUAAAGCAGUAUAUGGAUGUUUCAAGGAAGCUGAAAAUCAUGACUAUUCCCUGUGGGCUGGGUUUCUGUAGUUGCAUUUUAUCCCUCGUCAGACAUUUAGCUCCUCUGAUACUCUCCCUCACCACGACACAUGCAGCUGGGAUCAGGACACGAGAGCAGGCAGCCCUCAAAUGGCAAUUCCCAUGAAGCGUCACAGCACCAUUUUGGACUAUAGCAUUUCUCAAUUUUUAUUUUUUUCACCUAGAGCUGUUGUUACCCACAAGUAAAAGUACUUGUCUGGGCAAGUCCAAAGGCUGGGCUUCCUCACAAGCAACAGCUUGCUAUUACUGUACUGAUGUUUUUGUCCUCUGGUGCUGCAGCUUGAUUGUGCCUCAUCCUUGUAGCAGUGUGUAGCUGUGGCAAGUUUCUUUCUGACAGUAGAUCCCAGGAAAUGGUAAAUUAAAGCAAAUACCUCAGAGUCGUCUUAGUAUUUUCCAAUAGCAAUUCAGAAGCUCAGGGUCUUUGCUGAAGAAUGCUUCUCCCAGUCCCCACAAGUGGAUUGCCACGUUUUGCAUCAAUCUGAAUGUCUAGUUCCAUGUAAAGCUUGAUAGAGCACUCAGAUUUAAGGAGGUCAAAUCAUUCUCGUGGCAGGAGUUGAACCAAGGAAAUUCAACACUCCUGGAAACAGCUGCCAUAGGGUUUAUAUGAACCAUGAGUAUUUGCGUCUUGAACCUGCCAGAAAUCUGUAAUCUUACAGAAGCCCCACUUUAGACUUACAACGGUGCCAGUUCUUUUGUUGUUCGUGCACAGCAAGAGGGAACCCAGAGUUUUCCAUGGAAGCAGGAACGCUGGGUAACUGCUGCUUGUCAGAACAUCACCUUGGUCUUUUCUGUGUCAUCUGUGUCAAAAAUCACAUUUCUUGCUUUUGUGUGAUGUUCCCAUUCCUUGUGAUGGCCAUGCCACAUCUUCUAGGGCUCUCCACCUGCCUUCAGAUGUUUUUUUCUUAAGGUACAAAUGUAAAAGAUCCAGUAUUUACACUGGGACUGUAAAAAAUGUGGCACAUUUCAACAACUGCCCUUGUAACAACGUGAAUCCUGACUGAAAGCCUGAUGAGAUGGAUUUGUCAUUUGCUUCAAGUGGUCAAGGUCUUGAGGUGAGGCCGCUGUGAGGGAAAUGAAAGGGCUGUUGAAGAAUGUGCAUUUUAGAUGCUGUCCUUGACCUGCAGUGCAAUGUGCUACACUGGGAGGUUCCUGUUUCAGGUCCCCGUGCAGCCUCACUCCAAGAGGCUGUGAGCUGAGGGGGUGCAGCCAGUAGUACCUGCUCUGCUCUCACACAGGCACUCCACAAAUCUGGUGCUGGUGUGGUAUUUAACUCCGGUAUCUCUUGACCAGACGUAUGUUUAUGUUAUCCCAACAUGAUUGUAAAUUGGAAACCUGUAGUCAGUUGCUUUUUCUUUCAAGAGGAAAUAAAUCCCAUCUAGAAAACCCUAUUUUUCUUUCCAGUUUUAGCCUUUUUUGCGGAAGGUACAAAUUCUCUCCUUACGAAACCAGUCUACAAUAGCUCAUGUCCUACCCUCUAGGACAGUGAUUGCUUUUUGGGAGAAAGAUAGAGGAAUAUGGAAGAGAACAGUCUGCAAGCCUUUGGUGUAUGCUAUCCCAUUUUGUCUCCGAUGCCAUUUAUUCUAUCACUUUUACCUUCUCGUUUUCAGUGAGGUUUCUUUGACUGUUUUGGACCAUCUUUUAUUUCUUCUUUUCCAGGAUUGGCUUUCCACUCCAUGCUUUAUCCAUCACUGCCUGAUCUCAUCCCGUUUCCUGGAAUGUUCUAUGCUGGUUUUAUGUAUUGGCGGCUCAGGCGUAAAUGGGAGAGUGGACAAGGUUUUGAGGGUUCCAGCUGGUCCUUGGGAAAGUAGUUUGCAUUCUGCCUUGCUCGUGUCCUUAACUCACCAGAGGUUUGUGAGAUUUAACAAAUUAUAGAGUUGAUCUGAGAGUGCGGAGCAAUAUCUGUCUCUCAUCCUGAGAAAGGUGCUUGUUCCGUGCUGUGGGAUGUGGCUAUGGAUUGCUGAAAAGCUGUAGUGAGCAAUGGGGGGUGCCAGCACUUGGCUGCUAUUAGGGUAUUUUCAGUAAAGACCCAUUAUUUCCAGGAACUGAGCUUUAGCAGAGCCUCGGCUGGUGUGUUGGUAAUUGCACUACAAGAUUCAGUAAUUGCAAAGGACUUUAAACCCUUCUGGGGAUGUCUUUUGCAAUCACGAUGCCUUUUGUGUUGAGAACAGACUAGGGCCAAAUCCAGGGCUUCCCGUGGAGGGAUGUGACAAACAGGACUGUGUCCUUUGGAUGUAACAGAAAUGUGGAGCCAGCCAAAGUGCCAAAUCAGUUGGUGAAACAACCUCUACUUUGUCUUUCUGGGCAGCCCUGUUACUGGCUGAAGAGGCAGUGCCUUGAGCCAGAGGUGGCAAGAGGUUGCAGGGACAGUAUGAGGGGCAGGAAGGUUUUAUAUGUGCUUGCUCUGUUCCUAUACUCUUCCUGGGACAUUUGUUGUGGCCGGUGACAGAGAUGGACAUGAGCCAGUGUCACCAUUCUUAGACUCGUUCUCCUGUGGUUCCUCUAUAUUUUACAGCAAGAAUAAUGAAAACUGAGGCAUUUAGGCAGUUCCUCCUUCAGUCAAGUCAAGUGCCUUGGUAUCUUUGUGGCUGACCACCUUGCCGUAUGUUGUCAGUUAUGUCCUUGAGAGCUUGCAAACAGUACAAAACCACCGCUUCAUUCUGCAAAAAUUUGCAAUGUUGGUCCACUAUCAGGGCUGAAUCUUCACUCUGGUCCUCUGGUAGCACAGCACGUUUCUGCAACCACUGGAAAGCAUCCUCCUGUUGGAAAUCAUAAUUUUUAAUGCUGACCCUCCCACAAGCAGUAAGCAAUGGGCCUCGGGUAGGAAGUCAAAGGUCCAAAAGACAAACUCAUUAAAGGAAAAAUGUCACGUCUUCAUUGAUGGUAACUGGACCAUGGCAGUUCAUAAUCACUCACAGUCCUGCCUGUAGUGACUGAUCCUGUGACAGAUGAACAGCACAAACUUAAGCAGGUCACAUAAAUCUGCCUGUGCUUCCUUUUGGUAAAUUAAGUUUACAGAUACUUACCUGUAUCUCACAGGCAAUAGUGUGGAGGAUAGUGAAUCGCUGUGUUUGGAAAGCACUCUUAGGACACAGAGCUCUAAAUCUUAAAUAAGAAUGAACUUUUCAAAAAUAUGAAAGGAAUCAAAUAAUUAAAGUAUGCAUCAUGAAGUCAGACUUGCAUUGUGCUAGAGUAUGACUGACUUUGUGACAGAAAGGAAAUAUCCAGUGCCUGCCUUUGCUGGGCUAAUUCAGGGGAAACUAGUGUCAGUGUGAGUUGCAUUUCCAAAAGCAGAUGUGAUUUAGUCAAGGAGGGCACAGUGCCCUGUUAUUUCUGCCUCCUUCCAUCUACACCUGGCAUGCCAUUAAAGAUUAGCUUCAGGUAAAUUAACAGACCCUGACAUGGAUUCAACAUCUAAAUUAGGAGUCCUGACAGCUUAGUUUCUAUGGAAGAAAGAGCUUUUCAACUAAAAGGACCAAGUUGUCUUGUUGGCAGUAUGGGUGAAAAAGGUGCAGAAGAAGAAGAAAGAGCUGGAGUGUUGCAGAGGGAGCAUCACAGAAGACAGGGUAAGCAAGCGGAGAAAGAAGCUAAGACCUGAAGGAAGCAUCUUUUCAUUGGCAUUUUGGUACAGAGAGCAUCAAAAAGACUGCAGGCAUUUGUCUGGCAUGUAGCAGGGAUGAUGCAAAUCCUUGCUGGCUGACUGGCCAGGAUUUGCAGGGAGAGGCACUGCUGAGUGCUGCUGUUUCUGAAGCACAUGGUCACUGAGCAACAAGGAAGCAUGCAGCGUGCCACCGUGGAGCUCUGGUAAGCCGCUUCUGGCUGCUAGCCAUGACCACAUAGAAAUAACGGUACAGUUCUGGAUCAGGGAUUGACCCACAUUCCUCUUGCAGGAUAGCUAGGACAAAUGCUGCUCAGAUAAAUACAUGGUAGCCAUUAUUCUCCGAGGACAAAGAAGACCUUGUUAUCUAUGUGAGCAUUUUGAUGAAAGCCAUGUUCGCUUGCUAUUUCAGUUUCAGGGAGGAGGGAAAAGGAUACAAUAAAUGAUUUGAAACUUUUCCCAGACAUUGGGCUACACGUUAAGACAGUUGCCACUGAAUAUUUUAAGUCUGAUGAGAAGUGAUCAAGAGCCUUAUUAGGCUCCUGUAGCUCUCUGUCUUCACGUCGGGGCACGGGCUUGGGAAAUUAAUGUUAACGUGGUAUUCGUUCUCUGCAUGGGGUCUUUACAGACAUUUGUGACCAGCAGACACCGUUUCACAGCUGCAGAAGUGAAUGCAUGCAGAAAAAGGUGAAAGAAUGCUUCCUUGAGUCAUGCAAAGAGUCACCAAGCAGACUAGGAGCAGAUCUCGAAUCCUAAAGCCAAGGUAGCUAACAACUGUCACCUCUCUAAAAACAUAUAGGGGUGGGUUAUAAAUACAUUUGAGUAUUGAUACCAGACUAGUAAUAGCAUAUUAGUGCAGGAUGAUCACUUCUCUUUUUGGAGGGAUGGAAGGGGAGAAGUGUAGACGUAGGAAUUCUCUUCCCUCUAGGAUGGGUUUUUUAAUAGAAAAGGAAAAAGAAAAUCUCUGUCAUUCAAGAGUUCACGGUACUGUUACCAAAUUCUAUCUCGGUGUCAGCAGAUAUGCUGUCAUCAACAGCUGUGAAAUCUCAUUGGAUUUAACCAUUGAUCUCGAUGCCAGCAGGAGGCGAGGACUCUGGACAUUUCAGCACACCAACUGCUCUUACUUGAAGUCCUGCUCCAGAAACAUUUAUACUUGUGUUUCCCAAGGCCACAGAUGCUGUUUGCAAGGCAAGCAGGCCUACUGACAGGAACCAACAUGAGGAAAUUCAUUUUGAGCCAACCCUGUGGUAAUGCAAAGCUAACUGUGUGGUUUUAAGCCACAGAGACCAAGAAAUUUGGUAUUAGAUGUUCCUUAGGAUAGUUUUUGCUUGCUCCUUCUGAUAACGACAUUGAGAAAGUAAUACCAUUCUUUUGCAAGCAUGUAUUUAGUAACUGAAGCUAAACUGCAUGUGGCACAUUGGUGCAACUUAAGUUAAUUGCAGUUACAUGCUGCAGAAAGAAAUUACCAAGGGGAAUCUCUGAAGGAAACUGUUUACAUAUGUCUGGAUCCCCAUGGAUGACAUUUCCACAGAAAGAAUUGUGCUUAACCAUAAAAAGUACUCCAAAUAUUAACUGGUUUGGAUUGUAGCUUUUUUAAGAACCAGAAGGAAUGCCACAAAAUGGGUGGGCCAGGGCCUUCACUGGUGUGCAUUAGUGUAGUUUCCUGAGCUUUCAGUUGCCUGUGAACUUCUGAUGGAGGCAGUACCUCCUUAGCAGCAUAGGGUUUUGGUCUGGCCCUCUUAAGAUAUUCAUGUUCAGUAAAGCAGCAAUAAAAGAACAUUUUAAAAACUUCUUGGCUGUAACUAGAGGCAUUUUCCUUGCUCACAGUCUUCUUACGACACGGUGCCUCCCACAAGAAAAAUGUGUUUCCUAGAUGGUCAGUGUUGAGGCAAAAGCAAAACUUCCUAAUUUUUUUAUCAGUUUUCCUUCUCUGUAUCCUUCUUGCAGUGUCUGCCCUGACCCCAGCAGGACCAGGCUCCUGUAAUACCUAGAUUAAAUUUAAGGAUAUUCUAGUCCCAUGUGAGGAUACAGACUGUCUCACAUCCUGUUAUGAGGGGAUGGAGAUGUAGCUUCAACUUCGGAGGAGGGGCUGGGUUGAAUAACACCCUACUUCAUUAAGGCAAUACCGUAAUGACAUUUUACACUUAAUAAAUCAAGUAAUUUUGACCAAGCUAGCCCAGCCCUGGCUGCUUCCCUGCUCUGCCCCACAGUAGAUGCUCUGUUGAAAUUACUUCCCUGAAGACCAGUGUGGAGGUAAUGUGUUUGCCAUCCCUGAAUAUUCCAGUCUUUUAAGAUUAUAGUCUUAUUUAGACUCUCUCUGUUACUAUCCCGACUAUGCUUCGGUGAGGUCAUCCACCAAGCACGUGCUGUACAAGAUGGAGACCACGUGUAGCACUACAAAUAGCUGAGCGUACCUCUGCUAAAUGGGAGAUGAGCCUCUUUUUCUCAAUUGCUUCUUGGUUUUAGCAAGCUGAGACUGACUCACGCUCCAUGAGGGUGAAGAUUUUGGUUAGAUUUUGAUUAAUCCCUCUAGAUUCAGGGACAGCAGGACCACCCCUAAGACGUGAGGAGUCUCCUUCUGCAGCAGAGGUAUACAGUCUGCCUUAUUACCCUUAAAGGUGCCUUGUCCUGGUUCCUUUCAGGACAAAUUCCAAGUUGCUCUUUGGCUCUUCAGUAUAACUAUGCACCAAAGGUGAGAGAUUCCAUUGUCCCUGGAGACAGGAGGGAGCACAUGAUGUCCUGGUGUGGGGCAGGGAAAGUGAGUUUCACUUCUUUAUCCUGUAAGCUCUCUGUCAGCAAUCCUGCCUCUGAUGCGUGUAUGCGUGUGUGUGCUUUUAUUUCUACAUGAACACAAAUUGCUCUAAUUAGCAGGGAGGAUUCUUGUAUUUUUAUACGCUAAGCCAUUCAAUUAAUUACUUUAAUAAAACGACAGACAGAUGAACUCUGAAAUUCACUGCCAUCUGCUCUAGUACAAUCCAGUAUCACUGAUACAAAGCUAUCUGCCUUCAGAUAAAACCUAGUGCUUAGAGUAACCACUCCGUUCAGUAAGUACUUGUGCCACGUGGGUGUGUUGGUCCCUGUGAACGUCUGUAACUGUUCCUCUUUUAAAGCUAUGGGUUUGAUCCAUGUGGCUCUGUAUCAGCCUUUUUAUUAUCUACCAAGAACAGAUGUAUGUGCACGUAUGCAAAAAAAAAGGACCAUAUUGCUGUGUCUGGGGGUGUGUGACCCUGUGGUAGAUAUUACAGAUGUUUAUUGUGUAAUGCACCCUUCGGCGUAAAAAACUCUCCCUGCCUGCCUGGGGAGAAAACAGUCCUGUGGCUCGAGUUGAGAUGGUUUGUUGCAUUAGGAGGGUGACACAUUAGGAUGCUCUCUCUCUCUCUUUUUCCCUUCUAUCAUGGAAAUGUGUAUUUGUUCUCUCUUUGUGUAGCUUCUCAAUCUGAAAUAAAAAUCACCCCGAAUAGAA